UUUAAACUGAACUCCGCAAUUCAAGAGUUGAUAAAUUAGCAAAAUAAAAAAUGAACAGGUUGUCAAUAAAUGCUGUGUACAUCUUAUCCGUUUUUAGUUGUCUGAAUUACUGUGGAGAUGCAUUUAUAGAAGAGUAUUUCGUGGAGAAAUUCUGUCAAAAGACAAUUAAUCUAGCACUACCGAUAGAGUCGACUGAAGUGAAUAGUGAUCACAUUGAUGGAAUUAUCAAAGAUGCCUGCUCUAAUAUACAUAAAAACGAUACAGAAAUGGAAAUUUCAACGUGUAUCAAUCAAACGAAAGAAUAUCAAGGGAAUUUCUCUUCCAAAGAUUUUCACAACUUUAUCACACAACAAUUUUGCAAUGAUGGAUCCAAUGAUCAACAAACUGUUGAUGAUCUAUCGUCUAUUGGUUGUAGUGAAUGCUUGGCUAUGAUUAAUUUCACUUUAGUUAUUCUUCACUCACCCAUGUUGUUGGAGAGAAUUACAGAAGCAAUAGAUAAGACAUGCUAUUUUUUGAGUUUUAUCUGGACUGAGUGUGGACAGUUUGCCACUAAUGGUUUCCUCAUGUACGCGGAUAAUCUGAAGAAGGGUGAAUCACUACAAGUUUGUCAGAGUUUGAAUAUAUGUAACAACAGAAAUCUUUCAGAAAACAGCGGUAAUCAGUCGCUUCUAAAUGAACAAAAAUAACAAGAAUUCUCAGUGUAAAACAAUAGAAACUAUCUUACGAUAAACCAAUUUGUGUUUAAUCUGACAUCCAUCUCUGUUUUAUAAAAUUAUUCCCUUUAAGUGUUUUUUUGACAAUAUUACAAGCUGAAUAGUUGCCGAUCACACAUUUAGAGCCACUCAUCAGUGCUUAGUCGCAUAAUCAAACGAAACCAAGCUGUGGGAUCUUCAGAUUUUUCACUGUGGAGACUUUACAGCUUCCCCACUGAGUUGAAUUUAACCUG